AUGUCUCAGCCCAUUAUACUAUAUGAUCUUCCGGGAAAAGUUCCUGGAAAAGCUCUGUCUGGCAACAUAUUCAAAACAAGGUACACGCUUGCCUACAAAGGUUUGGUAUUCCAAUCUGUCUGGAUUGAAUCACAGGAUAUUGAGGAGCGGAUGAAGGCCAUCGGUGCCAAACCCACUGGGCGUAAGCCCGACGGAAGCGGCGACUUCUACACCCUUCCUACUAUCCAGGACCCUUCUACGGGUGCCGUUGUCUCCGACUCUUUCGCCAUCGCAGAAUACCUCGAGAAGACAUAUCCAUCCAAACCCACCGUCUUCCCCCGCAAUACUAAAGCCCUCAUCAGCGCCUUCGAAUCCGCUUUCAUGAACACCCUAGGCCCUGCGUUCCCAGUAAUGAACGUCGUGGUUGCUCCAAAGUUGUAUCCCAAGAACGAGGAGUACUUUAAGAAACAGGCCGAGGUUAGGUUUGGCGUCAAAUGGGAGGAUAUUUCACCCGUAGGCCCAAAGCGAGACGCGGACUGGAAAAACACAAAAGCGGCCUUCGGGAUCAUUGAUGGGUGGUAUUCAAAAAGCGGUGGUAAAUGGAUCAUGGGAGACACGUUCUCCUAUGCAGAUAUUCUCGUAGCUGCAUGGAUGAGGUGUUUCAGUGUUGCCUUUGAUAAAGACCAAUGGGAGGAGGUGAAGUCUUGGAAUGGCGGACGCUGGGACGACAUAGUUGAAGAGAUCAACAAGUAUUCCAUUCUGGACUGA